AUGUCUGUGAGCAUGCUUCGAGAGGUUGUUGAUGCUAUUGCAGUUCCUCUCUCUGCAUCUGUCAAUGAGUGCUUGAGGUCUGGAAAUUUUCCUGAUUUCUUGAAAACAUCAAGAACUGUCCCGGUCUUCAAGAAGGGUGAUCGUGAGAACCUUCGUAGCUUCAGGCCAAUCUCCAUAACUCCUGUCUUUGGCAAGGUGAUUGAGGCAGUGAUAAAGCCUCAGCUGGAGGCCUUUUUCGAGGAGAAUGGCCUGUUCUCCAACAUGCAGUUUGGUUUCCGAGUUGGGAGAUCAACUGUGGGUGCAGUUGACCAUGUGGCUGAGCGGAUUGAUGCUGCCUUCGAGGAUGGUGAGUCUCUUGCUCUUGCUCUUUGUGAUCUGAGCCGAGCCUUUGACUGCGUGGACCAUGGCAUUCUUCUUAGAAAGCUGAGCUUUUAUGGUCUUAGAGACUCUGCCCUUUCCAUCUUGGGCUUUUACCUUUCUGGAAGGACUCAGCUUGUCUCCCUCAGUGGUGCUGACUCCCGGACACUUCCGGUAACUUUUGGUGUUCCUCAGGGAUUGGUGCUGGGGCCUACACUGUUUCUUGUCAUGAUAAAUGACCUCGAUGACCACGGUUCCUCUCUGAUGUUCGCGGAUGAUGCAUCUCUACUGUCAUCGGGUGCUGAGCUUGAGCGGGUUUUGGAGGCAUCUGCGGAGCAUCUUCAGUCUGCCACUUCAUGGUUCCUGGCUAAUCGAUUCCAGCUGAAUGAGGACAAGACCCAAAGGAUCAUCUGCAGCUUGUCACGUGAGCCGCGUGACCCUCAGAAUCCAGUGAAGCUGCUGGGUUUUGUCUUGGACAGCAAACUCAGCUGGAACAGUCAUAUACAGCAAGUAACCAGUCGACUCUCCCGCAUUUGCUUUCUGCUGCUCAAGAUGAGGGGCCUGGUGACUGAGAAGUACCUGAUAAUGAUGUAUCAUGCGCUCUUCCAUUGCCACAUUACCUAUGGCUUGCUUCUGUGGGGUCAUUCAGCGGGGGCUGCUGAUGUGCUGAGACUGCAAAAGAGGGCUAUAAGAAUUAUAACAGGCAGCGAUCAUCUUGCCCACUGCAAGCCCAUCUUUGCUCGCCUUGGUGUACUGACUGUCUUCAGCCAUUACAUCCUCCUUUUAAUAGGGCUCAUUAAAUUUGAAUUCGCCAUCUCCAUCGCCAGAACAAAGGACACGUCAUCACAAUGUUCCUGGAGGAGGUCACUUUUUACUGCACCUGACGUCUCUCCUAUAAGAAAUGGAACAAACUCAAAGAGGAAUAGUGCCACAAACAUUGUAUCCAAGAUUCCUGUCAAGCUACCUACCAAGAUUCCAUUAUUGAGAAGACAGACUAAAACUUCCGAACCGGAGAAACCAGUAUUAAAGACCAAAUUAAACAAUGACCAAACAGAUGCAAGUGGAAAGAUCAAGAAUGAGAAAGAGAAUAAGAGUCCAAAACUUCCAUCUGCUGGUAAAGAAGCUGCGAAUAAAAGUUCCAAUUCGUCCACUUCAAAUAAAAAGAAUACAGCAGAAAAUGUCAGCAAAAUGGAAUGGGAUACAUUGGAAGUUUUGUCUGUUCAAGUAUUUCCUCCUGUAUCCAAAGAGAAGUCUAAUUUAGAAAUCGAUCUGGAUGAUGACGACGAUGGUGAUUUCCAAUUUUCUAAGAAAGGAAAGAAAAACAUUUCAAAUAAAAAAAGUCCCAACACCAAAAAAGCGAAAGGAGCAGAUAAAAAGCCAGCAAAAUCAGCUCGAGGAAAGAAGAAAGAGACCGCAGAAGAAACUGAAGCUGCUCCAGAAGAAACUAAAAUAAAUUCGAAAAUUCAAUUGGAUGGAGAUGGUGCAAAUAAAGUGGCAGAAAGUAGGAGAGUUUUGAAAAAAGGUCCGAAUAAAGACCAAAAGAAACCUGCUGCUCGAAAUAAGAGAAAAGCCGCAGAUUCUAAACUUGAUCCUGUUGAAGAGCUGAACGAUGCUGAAGAUGAGAAGAGAGCCUCCACUCGUAAUAAGAGGAAGACUCUGGGCGGUGAUCUUGAGACAAUAGCUGAAGAGGCAAUUCAUGCCGAAGAUCAGACAAAAAGUCCCACAAAAAAUAGGCGAAGGACAUUCGAUCUUGGGCCAAUAGCUGAAGAGCCAAAAACAGUUGUAGAUGAGGUGAAAAGUCCUCCUAGAAAUAAGAGAGAAACUGCUGAUUCAGAUGUGACACCGGUCACAGAAGAGCCGAAAAAUGAUGAUGAUAAAAAGCCAGCAAAAUCAACUCGUGGAAAGAAGAAAGAGACCGCAGAAGAAGCUGAAGCUGCUCCAGAAGAUACUCCAGAAGAAACUAGAAUAAAUUCGAAAAUUCAUGUGGAUAGAGAUGGUGCAAAUAAAGUGGCAGAAACUAGGAGAGUUUUGAAAAAAGGUCCGAAUAAAGACCAAAAGAAACCUGCUGCUCGAAAUAAGAGAAAAGCCGCAGAUUCUAAACUUGAUCCUGUUGAAGAGCUGAACGAUGCUGAAGAUGAGAAGAGAGCCUCCACUCGUAAUAAGAGGAAGACUCUGGGCGGUGAUCUUGAGACAAUAGCUGAAGAGGCAAUUCAUGACGAAGAUCAGACAAAAAGUCCCACAAAAAAUAGGCGAAGGACAUUCGAUCUUGGGCCAAUAGCUGAAGAGCCAAAAACAGUUGAAGAUGAGGUGAAAAGUCCUCCUAGAAAUAAGAGAAAAACUGCUGAUUCAGAUGUGACAACGGUCACAGAAGAGUCGAAAAAUGAUGAUGAUGAAAAGCCAGCAAAAUCAACUCGUGGAAAGAAGAAAGAGACCGCAGAAGAAGCUGAAGCUGCUCCAGAUAAUACUCCAGAAGAAACUAGAAUAAAUUCGAAAAUUCAUGUGGAUAGAGAUGGUGCAAAUAAAGUGGCAGAAACUAGGAGAGUUUUGAAAAAAGGUCCGAAUAAAGACCAAAAGAAACCUGCUGCUCGAAAUAAGAGAAAAGCCGCAGAUUCUAAACUUGAUCCUGUUGAAGAGCUGAACGAUGCUGAAGAUCAGACGAAAAGUCCCACAAAAAAUAGGCGAAGGACAUUCGAACUUGGGCCAAUAGCUGAAGGGCCGAAAAAAGUUGAAGAUGAGGUGAAAAGUCCUCCUAGAAAUAAGAGAAAAACUGCUGAUUCAGAUGUGACACCGGUCACAGAAGAGCCGAAAAAUGUUGAUGCCGCUCAAACCACGAAAACAGUAAAAGCCGAGAAAAUGGGAACUGACCAAGAGGAUGGAGAUUGCCAGUUACCAGUCGAAGCUUCAAAAGAAGAAAGUGAAGAAGCCUCCAAUGUUGAUGAUAAAGCUUUGAAAGAAAGUGAAUCCGAGGUAGCCCCAAAAAGGAAAAGGAAAAAGAAGAACGAAGAGGACGUCAAAGAAGUAUCAGCGGCGUUCAGUGAAAUUGGAGAAAAGGGACAGGAGAAUUCUGAUGCGAAGGAGCCUGAAGCUGAGCCUAAAAAUGAAAUUGAACCUGAAGUAGUCCCAAAAAGAAAAAGAAAGCAGAAGAACGAAGUGGAUGUCAAAGAAGUUUCAGCGGCGUUCAGUGAAAUUGGAGAGAAGGAAAGUAAACCUAAAGUAGUCCCAAAAAAUAAGAGGAAGAAGAAGAAUGAAGAGGAUGUGAAAGAAAUAUCAGCGGCGUUCAGCGAAAUGGGAGAAAAAGAAGAGGAAAAUGUUGAAGCGAAGGAACCUGAAGCUGAACCUAAAACAGGAACAGAGGUGGAACCGAGGAGGCGAACGAGGAAAGUGGCACAGAAAACUGUUCCGAAAAUGGUCCGUGAACCGGAUGAAUCUACCAAAAGUGAAACUGUCACUGAAACAUCCAAAGGUUCAGAAAAGAAGUCUGAUCAGCAGAAUGCGUCUAAGAAGCAGGAAAUGAUGAGCAAGCCUUCAACGUCUAAGCUGAAACUACCUGCUGAUAUGCCAGCCCCCUCUUCCAGUCUGACUGUACGUUCGUCCAAUACUAGUGGUGUGGAAAAACAGAUUCUUAUGAAUAGUAUUUUUGGGUCACCUGCAAACACAAACUCUAAGCCCAGUAAACCAGUAGAAGUGUUUAGAAGCUUGAAGCCAUCAGAUAAUGUAAUGGGAGGAUUUAUAUCGAUGAUACCAAGUUCCAUUCAUAGUGGGCUAGCCACUAAUUACAAUAUGUACUUUUUGAGUACAGAUACUCUACUUAAAGUCAAUACUUGUGGAAUGGAGAGAGUGAUUGGGAAACAUACUUCUUUUAUUAUUCCAAAAGAAAGUCGUUUUUGCUUUGAGAAUGUUGGAGAAGAAACAGCUAUAUUAUCGUUUACGAAGCUUCGAUCAAUAUGAAUCCCACUGUAAAAUUUGAAUAUGGGACUUUCAUUCACAAAGUGAACUGUAGUGAUUAAUGAGUAUACGGAAACGGAAAGGCUGAACGUUUUAAAAAUUGCGUGCUGGUUGGAUUUUUGUUAUUUCACGAUUUUGGUGCACGCUUCAACCCAUCUGGUAGUAUGUUAUCGAACAGUGAAAUCGGUGUUCUUCAGCGGUUCGCUCAACAAUAGAAAGUAAGUCAAUUUUGAAGAAAUUUUAACCUCCUGACUUUCAUUAAUGCAUCUUUAAUUUCAUUUGAUGAAUAUUUGGACAGCUUUCCGAAAAUGCAAUGUAAUGUUAUGAAAUCACCAAAACAAGUUUUCCAGGAAAUCGUCUGUUUUGGGAUCAGUAAUGAAUUUGAAAAAAUCGAUUUUAUUAAUAAUUAUCUAUUCGGUUGAAAAAUGUUGUUGAAGUUGAAUUUUUUCACUGAAAUUCGAAGUUUCAUGGUUUGCUACUGUUAUUAAUAUCGCUGGGAAGUUUUGCCUUUGAUCUUUCAAUCAAUUUAUAUGAAAGGUUAUUGUUUAUGAUGGACUGACAUUGGUGUCUUUGGUACGCAACUUUUUAUCUGUUCAUCCUCGAAUGAUGAUCUAAUCCGAUUUCCCUAAUUCAGUUCUCUCAACAUAAUGUAAAUAAAUUUAUAGUUUUAGGUCCAAGGUUUUUUCACCUUGAAAAGUUUUGUCAAAAGUAGGCUACUCUUAAAAGUUUGUAAAUCACUCUCAUUGUGCCUUAAUGGUUUAGAAAGUGUAAAACCCUAGAAAAAUUGAUAUUUUUUAUAAGUAGAAUUUUUAGACAACUCAAUGCAUUUUAUAACAAUUACAUGCAUUAUGCAUGUUUCUUAUAUAAUUAUAGCUUAGACUUUUUGUGUAUGUUGUAUGAUUGAUUCUCGCUAAAGAUAGACCAAUAGAAUGAUUUGUGUGCAUAAUUUAUCAUGUAAAUGUACAGUGAGCUUUUUAUGUCAGUGUGCAAUUUUUAUAGUAUUAGUUUAGAAUGGUCUUCUCCAUUGUAAAAUACUGUUCAUGAAUUGCUAAAUUUGUUAUAUUUCUUGAUAAUAAAUAUUUUUUAGUAACAAGAAA